AUGCGUCUUCAUUCUCAGGUACGUCGCUUUCCCGAAAAUGUGAGAGACUACCUGAUCGCAAAGUUUAAUGAGGGCCAAGAAACUGGUAAAAAAGCUGAUCCUGUUGGGAUUGAGACUGAAAUGCGGAGAGUGAGGCACACCGAUGGACAAAGAAUUUUUGCAAGAGAGGAAUGGCUAAAAGCUAGCCAAAUUAAAGGAUUUUUCUUGAGACUUGCUGCAUCCAGGAGAAAACAGAUGCUAGACAAUUCUCUUGAAGACAUAAGUGAAGAAGAUGUUAAUGAGGUUGAAAAUGAAAUAGAGGAAGAAUUCUUGUCGUCGAUCCAUAACGCCAUUGGUUUAACGCAUCCAAUCAUGUAUGAUAAUUAUAAUAUUUGCAAGUACUUUGUUGAUCGUAAAUUGAACAAAUUUACUGUUCCUUUAUUAAAGGAAAUGCUGACAGCUUUUGAAGUUGAAUAUGGUGCCAGUGACAGGAAACCAAAUCUUCUUCUCAAGAUCGAAGAACUGGUAAAAGAAUGUAGUUGUUUUUCUAUGCAACAACU